GAAGUGAAGCGGAAGUAGUUUGUUUGGUGCUGAUGGCGCGAAAGACUGGGUUACAAAUUCAUACAGACAAAUUUCACUUUUUGUAGAUAGAGUAGUUAAUGAAUUACCUCAGUGUCUUCUAUAAGGGUCGGUUCGCGGUGGUUGGUUUCAGAAAUGAUCAAACUAAGUAUAGUCUUUUAGAAAUUAGUUUAAUCCUCCAGCGGCUCGCGAUCAGUUGACAGUACACUCUGUCGCGCGGUGUUUUCUUGUUUGUUUUGCUUUUUCUUUCUUUAGCGUAAUUUAGAUCAUCUGCCAGCAUGUCAAAAGACAACAAGGAUGCAUACAUUGUGAAAUUUGUUGAACACAAUGGAGAGAAAAGUGAUCUGGCUCUUCAGGCCUAUAAGGUGAUCAAGUGUGUCACUGUUGUAGCAAGUGUGUCAGUUGUCAAGGCGGUAGUUGAACUUCAGUCAGAGAAAUAUGUGCAGAUGGUUGAUGAGGAGACAGCACUAGAGCUGGACCACAGUGACAAAUCCCUGUUUGUCAUCAGUGAUUUCACCAGCAAUGCCUUUGAGCACUGCAGGAGGCUGGGAUGCAGGAUAGUGAGCCCCCUGGUAGUGCUGUUCUGUCUGCAAAAACAGAGGUGCGUUCCCAAAGCAGAGCAGCCCGUGUACAACAUGGCCAUGGCUGAUGUCACUGUCUCCUGUACCAACCUCGAAAAGGAAGCACGGAGUGAAGUUAUGGAUCUUGUCCAGUUAAUGGGUGGGAGGGUCUACCGUGAUCUUAACGUGUCUGUUACUCACCUGGUGGCAGGUGAAGUAGGGAGUAAGAAAUACCUGGUGGCCGCAAGCCUCGGGAAGCCCAUCCUACUGCCAAGCUGGGUGAAAGCAUGCUGGGAAAAAUCUCAGGAUAGUUUGUUUCAUCACUCUGAGCUGAAUACAGAGGACUAUCUGUGUCCAGUCCUGAAGGGCUGUACAGUGUGUGUGACUGGUCUCUCUACUGUUGAGCGUAAAGAGGUGCAGAGGUUGUGUGAUCAGCAUGGAGGUAGCUACACUGGGCAGCUAAAGAUGAAUGAGUGCACUCACCUGAUUGUCAGCGAACCCACAGGUCAGAAAUACGAGUUUGCCCGUAAAUGGAAUGUAUUCUGUGUAUCCCUGCACUGGCUGUUUGACAGCAUAGAGAAGGGCUUCUGUCAGGAUGAGAGCAGGUAUGCUGUGGAGCGUGGGGAGAAGAGGAGAACAGAGGAGAAGGCAGGCAGACCCAACACCUCCACCCCUACUGGAGCCAGCAGGAACAAAGAGGGUUCAAAGAAAGGCCCCUCUCUGCUGGGACUGAGUCAUAUCUCCAAUAUCAGCAUGAAUGUUAAUGAAACAGCCCUCACUACAGCUGGAAUCAGUCACAUAGAGACUCCUGAUCCACUCGACUCAUUCGACAUAACUGUCUGUCGAGUUGAUGAUCUGUUGGAUGGCUGUAAGUUGUACCUGUGUGGCCUGUCAGGGAAGAAACUAGAGAAACUGCGGCGGAUGGUGAACUCUGCUGGAGGCUUGCGCUUCAACCAGCCCAGCCAAGAGCUCACACACAUAGUGAUGGGGGAUCCAGACCAGGGGGUCAAAGCCUUCCUUGACAAAGCCACGCACAGACCCCAUAUAGUGACAGUGCAGUGGCUGCUGGAAAGUUUCUCCUGUGGUUCUUUGCUCCCAGUGGAUGGCUACUUCCACCCUUCCUUCCUGCCCCCUGCCCCAGCAGCUGUUGAUAUGCCUGCUCCUCGCAGUUCUGUUCCCCGCACCUCCAGACCCUCUGUAGCUCCUCCUGCUUUCAGUCCAGCCCGACAGGCCAGAGCAGAAGAAGACCUGCUCUCACAGUACAUAGAGAAUGACCAAACUGUGGUGGAGUUGCCUCAGGCCGCUAACAGCACCAGCAGUAGGCAGAGCAUUCUUCUUCCAGAGCUUCCAGCUGUAGGGCAGGACUCUACCAUGGUUGAUGCCUCAGGAGGAGGCCUGUUCUCAGGGAAGCGCUUCCUUUUGGUUGGUUUUGGAGCUGAGGCAGAGGCCCAACUCUCAGAACUGGUCUUGGAAAACUCUGGGAGAAUUUUGGUUGGUCAUUCCAGAGCAGUGGCACAUUAUGCCAUUGUGCCACUGCUGGGUUGUGAUGUUGAAUCCACAGUCGAUGAGGUCGCAACAGAUACCUGGCUGGCCAUGUGUGUAGAGCAGCGGUGUGUGUUGCCACUAGCGUCUCACUCUCUGUUUACUCCUGUGGCGGUAAGAGAGGGCUUCUCUCCUCUCAAAGACUGUGUGCUGUCCGUCAGUCAGUUCACUGGAGCUGAGAGAGAGUCACUUAUUCAGCUGGCCAAACACCUGGGAGCCAGUGUUCAGGAUUAUUUUGUACGGACUGCUAACCAGAGGAAGGGAAUGCUGGCCAGCACUCACCUGGUAAUCCAAACACCUGAGGGCACCAAGUACCAAGCGGCUCAGAAAUGGAAUCUGCCUGCAGUCACGAUCCACUGGGUUUUAGAGUCGGCCAGAACAGGGAAGCGUGCUGAUGAAGGACAAUUUUUGGUUGACCUACCACCUUCUCCUGAGAGAAGCGAAGACAGUUUUGUCGGGGCGUCUCAGAAAGCCUCAGCACCUCAGCGCCUCCUGCAGCAUUCCCCAGAGCUCCCUCUACUGGGCCCACAGAACAGUGCAGCCAUCACCCCACUAGACACAGCUCGCUUUCAGAGCCGCACUGUCCACUCAGCUGUCAGGAAGAUGAAGCAGGGAGAGGAGGAGCAAGUGGAGGUGGCAACCCCAGGACAAGAGAAGGCCAGAGGAACCCUACAGAAAGACUCCUCCCUCCAACUGGACACUCCCUCGCGAUUCCUGAGCAGAGACCGGCUCUUCGGACCCUCAUUUAACACAAAGGACGUGUUUGACCAUUUAACAACUCCUGGUAAUAAGCCACAGCAGGGUCAGGGGGCAGAGACUCCUCUGUCAGAGGUCAUUGAGAGGAACCUGAAAGCUGCUGUUGCCAACGGCAACCGCAAUCAAGUCACAGAUCUUGAAGCCAUGACUGCCAGUCCUCAACUUGGAAAAGAACCUGAACCUGAGGUGGAGCCGAAGACCACAGCUCCUCUCAGUGGGGUGGUGGUGUGUGUGAGUAAGAAACUGAGUAAGAAACAGAGUGAACUGUAUGCAGUAGCUGCCUCUCUGGGUGGGGAUUUUAGGUGGUCAUGUGACGAAUCAGUUACUCAUUACAUCUACCAGGGUAAAGUAGGUGACAACUGCAAAGAAUACAGAGCUGUCAAAGAGAGAGGACUGCACAUAGUGUCUCAACACUGGCUCCAAGCUUGUGCAGAUGAGCAGAAGCAUGUGUCUGAGUCACUCUACCCUUUCAACUUUAACCCCAAAAUGAGCCUGACUAUGAGUCAGGUUGCAGAUUGCACCAUGACCCAGAGGUCACCACCUCCUUCCACUCCCCGCACCAGACUCAGGAAAUUUAUAGAGGAUGAGGAGACAAGGCUUGGACCUGUCGACGACAUCACAGACAUCUCGACCCCUAAGCGAAUCAGCACUGAGAGAAGAGAUCUCACAGAAACGUUGGAGAUGAGGGAGAAUCUUCAGAGGCAGCUUCAGGAGAUCAUGUCUGCUACUAAACUUGGGAGUGGUCGUCGAGGCUCCACGCGGCUGGCUAGUGCAAGCUCAAGGGGGCUGAACUCACCCAACACUCCAGACAGCCUGGGGCGAAUGGGCAGACGCAGCCGGAAUUUAGAGGCCCUAAGCAGGAUGUCACGACAAGUGGCAGUGGAUUUGAACACUGAGCCAUCUCAGAGUGAGCAGAUCGUAUGGGAUGACCCCACAGCACGAGAAGAACGAGCCCGACUGGCCGAUAACCUGCAGUGGCCCGGCAGCCCGUCUCAGCACUCUGAGCCCCUUGCCCUCGUCCCACCACUCCUCUCUGACCAGACAGCUACUGGUAGAGACUCCAUGACUGAUUCUGAACUGGUGGAAAUGGCUGCAUUUGAAGUCGUAGAUGCACAGCUGAGACCGAAGGUGACCCCACCCCGAGUGGACACGCUACAAAACCCUACAAUGCCUGAAGCUCCCAGUAUUGCUUUCCCCGUCUCUAAACCUGCAGCCCCUGCCCAGCCACAGAUUAAAGAAGAGGAGGAAAGUGAAGGGGAGGUAAAAGAGCCUCCACGUUUCCUGCUUUCUUCGCUGAAUCCACAGGAACGCAUUGACUACAGCCUUCUCAUAGAGGAGCUGGGUGGUGUUGUAUUGGAGAAGCAGAGUUUUGACCCCAGUUGCACUCACGUGAUUGUUGGUUAUCCUCUGAGGAAUGAGAAGUAUUUGGCUGCUAUGGCAGCGGGCAAGUGGAUCCUUCACCGUUCGUACCUGGAGGCCUGCCGCGCCGAGGGCCACUUCAUACAGGAAGAGCAGUAUGAAUGGGGAAGCAGCUCUAUACUGGACGCUCUGCCAUCCAUCAACUCUCAGCAGAAGAGAUUGGCUCUGGCAGCCAUGCGAUGGAGGAAAACACUACAGGGUUGCAUAAACAAGGAGGGAGCAUUUGGUGGCUGGACUGUGAUGCUGAAUAUUGACCAGGCCAGAGAGGCUGGAUUCAGACGGCUGCUACAGUCUGGAGGAGCAAAGGUGUUGCUAGAACUUUCCCCCUCUGUGUAUAAGGAGACCACUCAUCUGUUCGUAGACUUCAGCCGAUUAAAGCCUGGGGAUGUCCGAGUCAACAUCAGUGAAGCUGCCGCUCAGGGGGUCAAAUGUCUUAAACCAGAGUACAUCGCUGAUUACCUCAUGCAGGAGCCGUUGCCUCAAAUGGAGGCAUAUUAUCUUCCAGGAACAGCUCCAGGAGAUUUAGAGGAGGUUCAAGAUACAUCUUCACGGAAACGGAAAGCCUCUGGGGAAACAUCCACAUUGAAGAGAAGUCGUGUUCGAUGAAUCGGUGCCAUUGCAAGCUCUAAUAUAAUAGCCUCUGUAUUUAAGUGCAUUUUAUUCAGUUACUUCUUUGUAGAUAAGAAUUUGUCUGUGUUUGUCAAAAAUGUAAUUCAGAAUGUAAAGCACUUGAAAAAAUAGAAACUGACCAUUCAAACCUGACCAUUCAUUUUACAGACACAAAUUUACUCCCACGAAACACAAAUUUGUACAAUUCAGGACACUGUGUUGCAUUACCACAUUUUGCCCUGUGGAGGGAGCAUUCUCUACAUAAUGAAAUGGGUGCACAGACCCUGGGUCAAUUUUGGCCACUGACUAAAGGCACUAUAGAAUCUAAUUCAUGAAAAGAAAAAAAAAAACAGGUUAGUUUCAAACACAUCUCUCAUGCACUGGUACUAUAAAGUGUUGAUAUAGAAAAGUAUGCAGAUUUCUUAGACAUGGACAGAAAUGUUUAUAAAACAUGGCAUAGGAAGAAACAUUGAGAUACAAUUCAAAUAGUCUUCUAAAAAUGUUGACUUAUUCAAUCAAUACUUUAUUGCCAAACAACAUAGUUGUCUGGAAUUUUUCCUGGUGAGCUCAUGACAAUAAUAACAUACAAUAAAGGGGAAAAAAAAAAAAAACCCUACCAUUUCUUAAAGCACAGACUUUUUAUCAUUUGCCCGACUGCGUUGUAAAUUCUAAAUGUGUCCACUUUUUAUAUUAAAACAAUUACUUGUACUAUGCCA